AUGAUGGAGAUUGCUCAGUACCACGCGGCGAGAGUGAGAGAGCGGUCGAGGACGGAGAGGUUUAGACGGAAGACCCUCGUGGCUAAGGCUGCCGACACCCCUUUAACAGCGGGUAUACUGCCGUGCUCAACAAUGAAACUGACGGUGCCUUUGGAGCCCAAGUUGCACACGGCAGCGAGAGCUCUUGGAACCGGUUACGCUCCGAGGUCGGAGACCCCGAAGGACGUGGUCGAUCAGGCUGACGGCCUGGCAGUUGCGGCUGAGAGGUUCUCCAGUCGUCUCCGAGAAGCUAGCAAUCCCAGAUGGAGCGGCAAGCCCACCGUUCCGAUCUCGCCGAAACUAGCUCAUAUGAGGAGCCGGUCGAGACCAAUGGGCACGGUGAGCCGCACACGGCAGACUGCAGCACCCGCUGCCGGUUCACUGCAUAAUAGCUCUCGAGGCGCUGAGACCAGCGCGGCAUCGACGGAUGGGCGAGACCAUGAGGGUGACAAUGGGCCUCGACCGGUCGAGAGUCUUGCUGUUGAGACGGUGAGCUUCAGCAGUCGAUUGCGGGAGAGCAGCGGAACUCGAUGGACUGGCCGGCCCACAAUUCCAUCGUCCCCUCGCUUCAGUCGAGCCAAGGCAUGGAGACAUCCUGGGCUCAAUCAGAGUGCUGUACAGUUUGAGAGGUUCACGAGGCAUCCACUUGGCCCUGGUACUCCCAGCCACUCCCAAGACACGCCAAGGGUUGGUACCACACUGAGAGAGGAGGCCGAGAGGUUCACCAAAAAACUCCGUGAGAAUGUAGCGAGUUGGAAGUGGGCUGGCAGGAUCACUGUGCCGAAGUCCCCGAAUCUCAGCCACAAUCGCGGCGGGUCCCGGGUCAACACCACUUUCUGUAUGGCGGACUCUCGCGCGUUUAACAGCAGCGGACUGGAGACUUCUUUCAAGGCUCGACCGGCUCCCUCUUCAACACGGCGUCCUCACGCUGUCCCCCUCGGCCCAUUGAGAGCCUCGACCAAACCCAAGAGCCCCAAUUUGAGAACUCGAAUUCGAUCCGAGAUCGCACCGAGCCGAAUCGGAGACGACGCCGAGAACGACCGCCAUAAAUUCAUCGCGAGGCCUGUGCCGAGACGAAUCCUCGCAGAAGUUCAAUUCACCGUUGAUCUCGGGCCAGAGAAAGUAACGGUCCCUCAGGGCCCAGAGUUCAACACUCAGAAAAGAUCCCUCGAGCGGAGCAUGCAGAAGAGCUUCAUCUCCAGCGACGAGUCUGCAGUCAGCUCUGCAAAAUAUAAUGACAUUUCUUCUAUCCCCGUCACUGGAGAUGAAGAUGCAACCACGACGAGCGAACUAUCGACGAGUCAUCCGUUGUAGAGUUGAUGAUCAUUUGCACGACGAUGUAUUAAUUCAUGCAUGCGGGGAUGGCAAUUACCGCCAUUAGGCG